GCUGCGUCACUUCCGUCUCCAGUUGACUUCCGACGAUCAGCUGGCAAGCUCCCUUUGGCCGAAAUGGGUUUAAUCACCGGAGUGUGCGCUUUCCUAUACCACCUGCCACAAAUUUACAAAUGGCUGCUGAAACCGUAUUACAUCACCUCCUUCUUCAUGACCGUCGCCUUCUUAGUGGUCCGAAAGGCUCCCGGUUUGUGCGAGCACCUGGCGACCCAGCGCGAGGACGGCAACUCGUGCGACUUCGACUGGAGAGAAGUGGAGAUUCUCAUGUUCCUCAGUGCCAUAGUGAUGAUGAAAAAUAGAAGAGCAAUCACCUUGGAGCAGCACAUUGGAAACUUGUUCAUGUUCAGCAAAGUGGCCAAUGUCAUCCUCUUUUUCAGGCUGGACAUUCGCCUCGGCAUCCUCUACGUCGCACUGUGUGUCGCAUUUGUCAUGACAUGUAAGCCUCCACUAUACAUGGGCCCUGAGUACAUCAAGUACUUCAGUGACAAGACCAUUGAUGAGGAGCUGCAGAAAGACAGACGUGUUACCUGGAUUGUUGAAUUCUACGCUAACUGGUCGUCUGACUGCCAGUCUUUUGCUCCAGUCUAUGCUGACCUUUCGCUCAAGUACAACUGUGCUGGGCUGAGGUUUGGGAAGGUGGAUAUUGGACGUUAUGGAGAGGUUACACAGAGGUACAACGUGAGCACAUCCCCUCUGUCCAAGCAGCUUCCCUCACUGGUGUUAUUCCAAGGUGGGCAGGAAGUUAUGAGGCGUCCAGCAGUGGACAGUAAAGGCAGAGCUGUUUCAUGGACUUUCAAUGAGGAGAACAUCAUCAGAGAGUUUGAUCUCAAUGAGCGCUUCCAGAAGUCCAAGAAGCUGAACAAGAGUCAUGGUUUGAAGGAAGAGCAGCACAGCUGCCGGCAAGAGGAGGCAGAGCCUGAUGUGGACGCUCAGGAGCAAAACUUGGAGAGCAAGAAAGACAAGUGAAGAUGGGGAAGCGUGGUUCACAGAUCUACUGUAUGUUUUUUUUUUUUUGUUUGUUUUUUUUAAAUGUUGACCUGCCUUGCAGUAUUUUUUAAAAAUCCCUAAUAAUAUAGAAUGUAAAGUACUUUAGAAUUUUGUGAGUGGAAAAAGUGGGUCAGUGCACUGGUCUGUUUUGAAGUUGGCAGCCUAAUUGUGACCGUGCAAAACUAUUAAGCAUGGAUCAAGGGAGGUUUUAUCAACUUAUUUAAGUAACUUUUUUUUUUUGUAUGUAAUGUUUGUUGGUUGUGUAACAUUUCACUACUGUGUAAACCCGUGCAACUUUACUAAUGUCCCAUCAUUCAAAAGCAAAUUUAAAAAUGCAUAAAUAACAUUCAGCACACA